AUGAGUCCAACUGGCCCAACCUGGAGGACCGACAUAACAACAGUAAAUGGAAGUGACUACAUUCUAACCACGUCCUGUGAUGCCACAAAAUUUACCCUGAAUUUUCUUAUCAUCAUCAUUGGCCUGGUUGGGCUGGCAGGAAAUGUCACAGUGCUGUGGCUUCUGGGCUUCCACAUGAGCAAGAAUGCCUUCUCUGUCUACAUAUUCAACCUGGCUGGUGCAGACUUCCUCUUCCUCUGCUUUAAUGUUAUACAUUCCAUUCAUGUUAUCAUUAGCAUAUUCAACUCCAUCUUCAUCUCUAGAUUUUUCAAUGUCCUGUUCAACUUUGCCUACCUUGCAAGUCUGAGCAUGCUCAGUGCCAUGAGCACUGAGCUCUGUGUGUCUGCUCUGUGGCCCAUAUGGUACCACUGUCGAAGACCAAGGCACACAGCAGCUGUCAUGUGUGCCCUGCUUUGGGCCUUGUCUCUACUAUUGAGCAUCCUGCAAGGGGAGGCCUGUAGCAUCUUCUUUAAUGUUUUUUCUCAUGGUUGGUGUGAGAAGCUAGAUUCCAUAAUUUUUGCUUGGUUAAUUGUUUUAUUUGUGGUUCUCAUAGGGUCCAGCCUGGCCCUGCUGCUCAGGGUCUUCUGUGGCUCACACAGGAUUCCUAUGACCAGGCUCUUUGUGACCAUUGCACUAACAGUGCUUGUCUUUCUGCUCUUUGGUUUGUCCUAUGGGAUCAACUGGUUCCCCUUAGAUAGGAUUGAGAAUUUUUAUAGAGUUUUCCCUUGUAAUGUUUAUGAAAUGUCUGCAUUCUUAUCCUGUGUUAACAGCUGUGCCAACCCCAUCAUUUACUUCCUGGUUGGCUCCAUUAGGCACCACAGGUUCCAGUGUCAGACUCUGAGGCUGUUUCUGCAGAGAGCCAUGCAGGACACUCAUGAGGAGGAAGAAGUUGGAGAGCAGUGUUAUUCAGGAAAGUCUGGAGAGCUGGAAACAGUGUAG